GGGGUCGUGGGGUCGGUGGCCUACGGAAGCCCGCGCUUGGAUCGCGCUGCCUUGAGUUAGGCCGUAGCAUCCUAGCGGUUGGACGCAGAUCCAAAGGUCCGAGAACUGACGCUGGUUGGGCCGCUCCGGUAGUCAGCCCUUGAGCGGAGCGGAACGGCCAGACUAAUCAAAAGGAUGGAUUUUACAGAGGCUUACUCAAGCACAUGCUCUACAGUUGGACUUGCUGCCAGAGAAGGCAACGUUAAAAUUUUAAGGAAACUGCUCAAAAAAGGUCGAAGUGUAGAUGUUGCUGAUAACAGGGGAUGGAUGCCAAUUCACGAAGCAGCUUAUCACAACUCUGUAGAAUGUUUGCAGAUGUUACUUCAUACAGACUCAUCGGAAAACUACAUUAAGACCAAGACUUUUGAGGGCUUCUGUGCAUUACACCUCGCUGUUAGUCAAGGACACUGGAAGAUCGUGCAGAUUCUUUUGGAAGCUGGAGCAGAUCCUAAUGCAACUACUUUAGAAGAAACCACACCGUUGUUUUUAGCUGUUGAAAGUGGACAGAUAGAUGUUCUGAAGCUGUUGCUUCAACAUGGAGCAAAUGUCAAUGGAUUCCAUUCUAUGUGUGGAUGGAAUUCCUUGCACCAGGCUUCUUUCCAGGGAAAUGCUGAGAUUAUAAAACUGCUUCUUAAAAAUGGAGCAGACAGAGAAUGCCAGGACGACUUUGGAAUCACACCCCUGUUUGUGGCUGCUCAGUAUGGGAAGCUAGAGAGCUUGAACAUUCUUAUGUCGUCUGGUGCAAAUAUCAAUUGUCAAGCCUUGGACAAAGCUACUCCAUUGUUUAUUGCUGCACAAGAGGGUCAUAUAAAAUGUGUGGAACUUUUGCUGUCCGGUGGGGCAGAUCCUGAUCUUUACUGCAAUGAAGACAAUUGGCAGUUGCCUAUUCAUGCUGCUGCACAAAUGGGCCAUACAAAACUGCAGAAUGGUUACAGCCCAGAUGCACAGAUGUGCUUGGUCUUUGGAUUCAGUUCCCCUCUGUGCAUGGCUUUCCAAAAGGACUGUGACUUCUCUGGAAUUGUGAAUAUUCUAUUGCAGUAUGGAGCCCAGUUAAAUGAACUUCACUUGGCAUACUGCCUGAAGUAUGAGAUGUUUUCAAUGUUUUGUUGCUUUUUGAAGAAAGUUUGCCUAUUGGCUCCUUGGAAUCAUACAUCUGAAUUUAUAAGUUAUGCAGUUAAAGCACAAACAAAAUAUAAAGAGUGGUUGCCACAUCUCCUGCUUGCUGGAUUUAACCCAUUGACUCUGCUGUGCAGCAGCUCUUGGUAA